AUGGAUGUUAUGCAGAAUAAACUCUCCAACCCUCAUGGCUUGGGCCAACAACGAUCAUCAUCAAACCAAACAAGACUCUUCAACCUGAUGUCUCACCUAGCAAACGCCCUCCGCCAGAUAACGAAGAAAUCUUCAAAAAUCCAAACGCCCUCAUCUACCAGCUGCAGCUUCAGCUUCAGCGCGCGAAACAAAAGUAUCUUGUGCUCCGACUCUGAAACUUUCUCCGCGUUUUCGCUCUCGGGAGACCCAAGUGCAACUGCACCCUCCAUGCCGCUGCCCAACUGUUCCACUGCGCUUGAUAGAGAGCAACAGAGUGGUCCUGAAGCAGCAGAGGGGAGUAAUGAGGGUAUCAAGUGCAGAGAAGCAGAUGGACAGCCACCGCGAGCUCACCGAGGUGACGCUCACGCAGAAGGGCCAAAGGAAGGAAGUCUAUGGCAUGAAUCGCAGGACGGAGUAAGUAGUCGGGGUCGAGAAGAUGAUUGUAUGAGUAGAAUAGUUCUUUCCUUAUGUUUAUGA